AUCCAUAGGCACGAAUUUCGCUUGCAAUUUGUCAAAAUGUGGCUUGCAUUUUGUCUACUAAUUGUGGUGCUAGUGCUAUGGAUCUGGAACAGUGCUCAGCGGCCCAGAAACUUCCCCCCAGGUCCCUUCUGGUUCCCCUGGUUCGGGACCACGCUGCAGGCACGCCGUCUGGGCCGGAAGUACGGCGGGCUUCACGGCGUUUACCGGGUCCUUUCUGAGCGAUACCGAUCCCCGGUCAUCGGCUUACGACAAGGCUCGGAAAACAUUGUGGCCGUGUAUGGCUACCCGGUGGCCAAGGAAGCCCUCACCAACGAUCUGCUCUCCGGUAGACCGGAUAACACUUUUACGAGGUUGCGGACGUUGGGUGAACGGUUGGGAAUCGCAUUUACGGACGGUCAACAUUGGGAGGAGCACCGAAGUUUUGUUGUGCGAACGUUGAAAGAGGUCGGUUUGGGCAAGAGUUCCAUGGAGGAAUCAAUCCAGCGGGAACUCCAGGAGCUAAUCGAUGUUAUAAAGUCAGAUGGUCAGGGAAUGUUCCCUCGAAAGAUGUUUCAGGUGAGUGUUUUGAACGUGCUAUGGACUUUCGCCAGUGGUAAACGAAUCGGAAAAGGCAACAUGCAUCUGAACGAUUUGCUGGACACCUUGAAGAAACGUUUGGAAAUGUUUGACAUCGCUGGAGGUUUGCUGAACCAAGUUCCCUGGCUGCAAUACAUCGCCCCGGAAUGGAGUGGAUACAACAUAGUGAAGCGAUUCUCCUAUAAAUUGAUUGAUUUUUUCACCGACACAAUCAGCGAACAUAAAGCUAAUUUCAGAGAAGAUAAAGCAGCCACCGAUCUUAUCUAUGCCUACAUGAGAGAAAUCAAGGCUCGAGAACAUGACCCCAACUCCACUUUCACGGAAACUCAAAUGAUCAUGGCAAUUCUGGAUCUGUUCAUUGCUGGGGCAACGACCACAGCCCUUGUGGUAGAACUUGGACUACUGAUAAUGAUCUCCAGACCAGACAUCAACGCUAAAGUCAACGCUGAAAUAGAUGCCUACCAGGAACCGAUAACCUGGGAGAGUAGACACUCGCUUCCCUACAUCCAGGCUCUCCUAGCGGAACUUCAGCGUUAUUUCCAUUCAGCCGCCAUCAGUGGACCACGUCGAGCUCUACAAGACACCACCCUAGGUGGCUACAGCAUCCCCAAGGACACCUCAGUGUUCGUUGAUUUGAGAAGCGUUCACAUGGAUCCCGAGUACUGGGGGGAUCCGGAAACGUUCCGACCAGAGCGUUUCAUCGAUGAGCAAGGAAAUUUCGUCCAGAACGAACGGCUCAUCCCGUUCAGUUUGGGAAAGCGUCGAUGUCUCGGAGAUUCUUUGGCCCGAGUUUGUUUCUUUGUUUACUUUGCAGGGUUGAUGCAACGAUUCCAGGUUUAUCUUCCCAAUGGAGUGAGCGAGUAUCCUUCGAUGAAACUCAUGCCCGGAAUUACCUAUAUGCCGAAGGAGUUUCAAGUCUCUUUCAAGGAGAAAACUACGAAAAAUGUAAUAGAAUUGUUUAAAUAA